AUGCCGACACACGUGGAGGGCAUCGCCUCGGCCGACAUCCACAAGAAGAUCCAACUGCUCAUCCGCGAGCUGGUGACCCCGAGACCGACGGCAGAUGAGUGGCUGGUAGUGCUGGCCGAUGGCAGCAAGAUCGACCCCAAGGGCUGGAACGACUGGGAGUGGACGCACGGCGUGGGCCUCUACGGCAUCUGGAAGUACUACGAGCUCACGGGCGAGGCCGAGUGGCUGAAGAUCAUCGAGGACUGGUUCCGCGCGCGCUUCGAGGAGGGCCACAAGGGCAAGAACAUCAACACCAUGGCCGUCUUCCUGACGCUCGCCUACGUCUACGAGCAGACGCGCAACCCGGUCUACAAGCCCUGGCUCGAGAGCUGGGCCGAGUGGACGAUGCACGACCUGCCGCGCACAAAGUACGGCGGCCUGCAGCACAUGACGUACCUCUCGGACAACGACCAGGAGCUGUGGGACGACACGCUCGUCAUGACCGUCCUGCCCCUCACCAAGAUCGGCCUCGUCCUGAACCGGCCCGAGUACGUCGCCGAGGCCAAGAGGCAGUUCCUGCUCCACAUCCAGUACCUGUUCGACACCAAGACGGGCCUCUUCUUCCACGGCUGGUGCUUCAACGGCAACCACAACUUUGCCAAAGCGCUCUGGGGCCGUGGCAACAGCUGGGUGACGCUGGCGAUCCCCGAGUUCCUCGAGCUGCUCCAGCUGGACCGUGAUGACCCCCUCCAGGCGCACCUCAUCCAUACGCUCAGCGCGCAGUGCGAGGCCCUUGUCGGGAUGCAGCAGCCCGACGGCCUGUGGCGGACCCUGCUCGACAUCCCCGAGAGCGAAGGCUCGUACCCCGAGUCCAGCGCGACGGCGGGCUUUGCCUACGGCAUUCUCAAGGCUCAGCGGCUGCGGUAUCUUGAGUCCGGGAAGAUGUACUCCGAGGUCGGCGUCAAGGCGGUUAAGGGCGUUCUAGCGAAUAUUAGCCCCGAGGGCGAGCUGCUCAACACCUCUUAUGGCACGGCGAUGGGCCACGAUUUGCAGCACUACAAGGACAUCCCGAUAACGGCUAUGCCUUAUGGUCAGGCGAUGGCUAUGAUGGCGUUGGUGGAGUUCUUGCGAGCUUAUAUUUGA